AUGGCGUCGUUGUCGGAUCGUGGCUUCAACGCUCUGGCAUUCGACCCUCUUCAGCGUCUGGGCGUAAGAGAGCUGCCAGUAGGUGCCUUUCUUGCGCUUGGACCCGAUGGCCCAGAGGAGCAGUCGGUUGUGCAUCGACCGCAGCGUCUGAUAGCGGCCGCUGAGUGGUGACCAUGUCAUGCAGCCGUACAGCAGUGCCUCCAUCGCCUCCGCCUGGAGCAGGCGGAUCUUGAGUCGGAAUGGCGCUUGCGGUCUGUCGAAGAGCUCCCGGCCAUAUCGCCUGAGGCACGCCCACGCUCCUGUGCUCCUGUAGUUGAUCUCCCGGGUGAGGUCGCCAUGUUCGUUGACGAGGCCACCGAAGUACCGGAACUCGGUCGUCUGGGGGUAUUUCUGUCCCGCGGCUUCGAUGGUCAGCGGUGGAGGCGGGGGGCUAUGAUUUUGUAGUCGGCUUAUCCUUCGCGCGUAUCAGGAGCGCCUCCGUCUUCUUCUCCGACACCGAUAGCCCGAACUCCCCGAACACCUCAACGAUGAUGGUCAUCAUUCUCGCCAGUCCUUCUACAGACCUCGACACGACGCCGGCAUCAUCGGCAUACAGCAUACCCCAUGCUGCCCUCCCUCCGUACUCGGUCAAGCGGUGUCUCCUCCCCACCCCGGGCGUCCGUCUUCCCCUCCUCCAAGCACACCAGGCUCCGCAGAACAAAAACGUCCUCGCUGAAUCGGAUGACAACGACCUCGAGGACCUCGGCGAAGAAGAUGUUGAACAGCAGUGGGUAUAGCACACAUCCUUGUCGCACGCCCUGUGUCACGAAGAACCAGUCGGAUAGUUCUGCGUCGUCCAUGCGCACCCGGGCCCGCAUUCCAUCGUGGAAUUGGCGGAUGACUUUGGUCAGCCUCGCGGGAAUCCCGGCCCUGGCCAGCACCUUCCAAAGCAUCUGUCGGUCCACCGAAUCAUACGCCUUGUUCAAGUCGACGAAGCACAUGUGGAGCAGUAUUUUUUUUCUCCGCCCCAGCUCCUGGAGGCGGCGCACGACUAACAGCAUGUCGACGGUUGAUCGCUUNUUGUCGCACGCCCUGUGUCACGAAGAACCAGUCGGAUAGUUCUGCGUCGUCCAUGCGCACCCGGGCCCGCAUUCCAUCGUGGAAUUGGCGGAUGACUUUGGUCAGCCUCGCGGGAAUCCCGGCCCUGGCCAGCACCUUCCAAAGCAUCUGUCGGUCCACCGAAUCAUACGCCUUGUUCAAGUCGACGAAGCACAUGUGGAGCAGUAUUUUUUUUCUCCGCCCCAGCUCCUGGAGGCGGCGCACGACUAACAGCAUGUCGACGGUUGAUCGCUUGGGUCGAAAUCCGCGCUGUUCCUCCGGGAGGAUGUUGUUGGCUUCGCAGAAGGCGCUUAGACGGUUGGUGAUGAUCUUGAUGGGGACCUUGCCUACGUGAGAUAGUAGCGAAAUCCCCCUGUAGUUGUCGCAGUUGGACCGGUCACCCUCCUUGUGUAGCACCUUGAUGGUUGCAUGCUUCCACUCUCGCGGGAUAUCUCCUCCGUGCCACACUUUGACGAAGAUGGUAUGGAGGUGUCCCAGGACGAAGGGUUCGUCGUCAUCGAUCUUGACCAACUCGGCAGGGAGGGGGUCAUGGCCGGGUGCCUUCCAGUUCGUGAGGCCUUUCGUUGCUUGUGCCAUCACCUCGAGGUCUGGCACCUCUCCCAACCGUUGAGUGUCACGUGUCGCUGGCCACUGCGUCACUCGUUCGAUGAUGUCUGGGUUCAGGGUUGGGGAUUUGGUGUUGAGUAGGGUUCUGAAGAAUCUCGCCCACCGCUGGAGGAUGUCGUCCCUGUUCCGGUGCAACACGCCGUUCUCAUCCGCGACGAAUUGCUGUCCCCCCGCUUGUCUCCCGCUGAGGCCCACUGAUCUCUUGACGUGUUGGUACAGUCCUCGCAUGUCGCGAUCUUUGUAGAUUGCUUCGAGUUCAGUCACAUAUCCGUCCAAGUGGGCAUAAAUGCCCGUUUCGACUGCUGAAGCCACUCCCUUACAUGCUGCUUUGAGAACACUCCACGUCGCUGAGUUCCAGUUGCCCCUCAUCGCCCGGCGCGCUUCCCGACGUUUGGUAAGGGCCUGCUCCAGCGCUGCUCGCGUCUCUGGGGUCUCACACCACUCCUGCGUGCGGUGUCUCCGCGGUUCCUCCCCCAGGGUCGUCCGCGCUGCGUCGAGGAGAGCAUUGGUAAAGUCGGUCGCCAAUUUCGCGGCGGUGGUUGGUCGCUUGUCCAGUCGUGUGCCGAGGUUGAGGAGGAACCGAUUAGUCACCGCACACCGUGCUGCUUCGAACUGCAAUUCCCGUCGGUUGAAUUGCUUCUGUUUCGGUUUAGUCCGGACUGCACGGUUGUGGGCAAGCCUGCCACUGAGCUGAGGUUGACGGUGGCUACUACCAUCUUGUGGUCUGAGUCUGCUUUGACUGGGCGAACCGCUGGGGGAUGACGACCACGUUAGAUACUCGGCCGUGAUGUGCCUGCCUUGUCAGGAUGUUGUCAAGGCGCUUGCAAUCGGUUCCCGACACACCGUUGUAUGUGUGCCAUAUUCCACCCUUGCGUGUCUCAAAGAACGUGCUCGUCAGAGCUAGCCUGUUUUCCGUUGCGAAGUUCAACAGUAGCAUGCCAUUGUCGUUGAGCUCAUCGCGCCCGUACAUUCCUAUUACCCUUCCGUCCCGUCCGUCCAACCUAUCUCCCGCCCGCGCGUUGGCGUCCAGUAGGACAUACACGCAUUCUCUUGAAGGGAUCCUCCGCACGAGACUGUCAAGUUUCCCCCAGAACACGCGUUUGCUGUCGGCGGUUGAAGGUUCGGUUGGAGCAUACGCGGCAACGAAGUUGACCGCUCCACGGUGGCCUGCCAACGGAAGCCUCAUGGCCAUAAGGCGUUCGUCGAUAAACUCCGUAGUGAGCGUGGAUGUCUUGCACAGUGAAUCUUCGACAGCUAUCCCCACACCAUGGACUCCACCAGUCUCCGUGCCACAGCAGAACACCCGGACACCCGCUGCUGCAAAUUCCAUUCGACCUGCCCUCCGUGUCUCCUGCAUUCCUACCACCGAUACGUCUUGUCUCGCUGCCUCGUGCAGAGCGCUGUAGGCUCGCCCGUA